AUGAUUUAUCAUUCGUCGAUAAUCCUUCAGCUAAUAGGAUUUCUGCUUUUAUUAAUAGCAGAGAGUCGUAUUGUCUUCGAAAAGCCAACAAAAUGGAAUAAUGCACCAGGUUGGCCAGCAGUAAAAAUACGAUUAACAAAACGUGGUGCAGAACAUAUAAAAUUAGUCGGAGUGAAAAUUUUAAAUGAAGAAAUUUCACGAUUAAGUGGAUUUCAAACGUUGCAUUCAUUCUCUGAGCACGGUAUAACAGGACGAGUUCAAUUAUACAAUGUCAACGUGUUACGAUAUUCACCACCACGAUACACAUCACUGGAAUUUGUUUCACCAUCCUAUGUUAUCUUUCAAAUGGAUCGAAUGGAUAUUGCUUUAGCUGGCCGAUUUGCUGGAACGGUAGCAUUGUUACCAGUAACCGGUUCCGUAACAGGUGAUUUACGACAAAUGAGCGUUCGAUUACAGACAAAAUUCAACAGAGCUAUAAAUGGUUUAAUAGAAGUGAAGGCACGAAUAAAUGAAGUAAUAAGACAAAAAAUUCCGAAUGUUUUUUGUAAUAGUUUACAAAGAAUUAUCGAAGAUAGCUCACCACAUCUUUUUCAGCGUUUAGCAUUUACAAAUUUGACUGAUCACUUUCAUUCUAUUAAUUUGGUUGAUAAUAUGAUUAUAAGCAAACUUUUUCGUCGUCUCACUAAAGGUUUAUACAUCGAUAAUCGUAAUAUUAAUGAUCCAAUUGUAACAGCGGAUUAUUUUGAAACACAACAGAAAGGUGAAAUCAGAUAUGAUAAUGAUCAUCGUCCAACUCCAUUUAAUGCUCCCGUAAUGCAUACCGGAAAUGAUUCAUCCCGAAUGUUAUAUUUCUACGGCUCGGAAUAUCUGUUUAACUCACUUCUUUAUCAUGCUUAUGAAGGCGAUCGUAUAAUUGUUGAGAUUGAUGAAAAUACUUUACCACCACAAUAUAAGCCAAUCGUUCGAACUAGUUGUGGUAAUUCACAACGUAGUAAUUGGAAUUUUGUAUCAUCUCUUUGCCUUGGUAUAUUAAUACCAGAAAUAGCUAAUCGUUAUCCGAAUGCAUCAUCAUCAUUCUUGCUCUUACCACAUCAAAUUCCAGAAUUUCGAUUUUGCAAAGAUACAGGCUCUAUUGAUUUAAAAAAUCGUGUGCUAACAUAUAUAAAUGAUGGCCGAAGAAGAAAACAAAUUAUGGUGAGUACAGCGGAUUUUCAAGCUGAUUUUCGCUUACUUAUCGAAGAUGAAAAAAUUGCUGCAGCUUUGAAAAUUAAUAAAUUUGAUAUAAGUGCAAUUAAAGGGCUUACUAGUAGUUCAAUUGCACAACUUGCUCCAUUAGCCAAAACAUUUUUUGGACCUCAACUUGUUAAAGCAUUGAAAAAAGGUAUUCCACUUCCAUUAAAGGAUUCAAUUGAAUUCAUCAAUCCGGAAUUAAUUAUUCAUGAUAAAUUCGUGGAAAUUGCUACCGAUUUCCGCUUAGGUGAGCAAAAAUUACGCGAAGAAGUUAAGAAAGCAUUUGCUUCAGUAUUUCAUAGCUGA